AAGUACCAGAUCACAGAGACUGUCCUGGGAAAGGGCACGUUUGCCGAGAUCAAGCUCGUGUACAAGAAGGAUUCUCAAAAGCAGAUGGCAGUCAAGAUUAUGGAGAAGCGCAACUUUAGCGUCAACGGAACGGCCGGCGGCGGAACCAACUAUAUCCACGAGAUUAACCUUUUGCGUGCCAUCCGCCAUCCCAACAUUGUCCGCGUCUACGAUGUUGUCGAGACGCCACGCAACGUGUAUAUUUUCAUGCCGCUUUUGCGCGGCGGCGACCUCUUUGACUACAUCCUGGAGAACGAGCGGCUGGCCGAGGACGAGGCCAAAUUCAUCAUCUACCAGGUGUUGCGCGCCCUCAAGUACUUGCACGACGCAAACAUUGCGCACCGCGACCUCAAGCCCGAAAACACGCUGCUGGCCAGCAACAAGCCGUAUAGCCGGAUCAUGCUGACGGACUUUGGCAUGGCCAAGGCCGCCGGCCGCCGGGAGCUGAUGAAGACCAUGUGCGGGACCUUCCAGUACAUUGCUCCCGAGAUGAUAUCCUCAGGUGCCAAGCCCGGCGAGCACGUGAAGCAGGGGUACACCACGGCGGUGGACUGUUGGAGUUUGGGCGUGAUGACGUACGCCAUGGUCUCGGGCAUGCUGCCGUUUAGUGACGACGAGGGCAAUCCCCAGAUUCUUUUCUCGCAGAUCCUCUCCGGGUACCUUGAUUUCACCGCCCCAUGCUGGCGCGAGCUCAGCCUGGAGUGCCAGUCGUUUGUCUUUAACCUGCUCCGCGUCAACCCAGACAAGCGAAUGAGCGUCGAUAAGGCCUUGCAGCACUCGUGGAUCCUAAAG